CAGAGGGGAGGGAGGGAGGCGGGCGUGCGUGCGUGCGUGUGUGUGUGUGUGUGUGUGUGUGUGUCCUCACAUCAAUCACGACCACGCAAAGCCAGCGUCCCCUCCGCCGGGCUCCGACCUAGCUGCACUGGGAAGGGGAGGUCGGCGGCCGCACGGGGUCAUGUCGCCCUGGAAAGUGCGCGCUCGCCAGUCCCCAGGAUCUCGCGCGCCCCGCGCCGUCUCCCCGGCGACGCGCUCCGCGGCAAGAUGGCGGAAGGUAGAGACAAGGAAGAGUUAAAAGUAGCAGAAUUUCACAAAAGAAUCAAAGAUGCAUUUGAAGUGUUUGACCAUGAGUUGAAUAAUACAGUGGAUGUGAGAGAGAUUGGGACAAUUGUCAGAUCAUUAGGAUGCUGCCCCAGCGAGGGAGAGCUACAUGAUCUGCUGGCAGAGGUAGAGGAAGAAGAACCCACAGGAUACAUUCGAUAUGAAAAGUUUCUUCCAGUGAUGACCAAAGUACUUCUGGAAGGGAGAUACAGACCAAUUCCAGAUGAUGUCCUUCUUCAGGCUUUUGAGACUUUAGAUUCGGCUAAACGUGGAUUUCUUACUAAGGAAGAAUUGAUCAAGUAUAUGACUGAAGAAGGAGCUGGGCGUUGUUCUAAGUGGCGGCUGUGGUGGUUUAGCUGGUGGAUGAUGAGCUGGACUCCUGCCCUUCAGAUCCAGCAACCCUCACCCCUUUGCUGGGGCCAGUUGCGCAGUUUCCUCUACCAUCGGUGACACAAGUUCUUACCUCUCAGCUGUGUUAGGACACUGAUUAACUCAGUGUAUGUGACGUGCUUAGAUCAAUGCCCGGCACACAAUAUUGCUCCCUGAAUGUUGGUUACUUAAUAUUCUUUUAACAGCUUACAUUAGAGUUCAUUUAGCAGUAGAUUUUGUGUGUCAUCAUCGGGUUUAAAGAUGAAUAGGAAUUUGUCAUUUUUAGCAAUUCAGCCUUUCUUCCCUUCAUGAGGAUGUAGGCAUGAUUUCCAAAGCACUCUGGAGCACAUUUCUCUUGUUUCACGGUACUACCUUCACUGUCAUCAAAUCCAUACUGAAUAAUUUCAGUAUUAGUAAGUGACUCCCAACCAGGGAAGCACUGCUUGUAGUGGUAGGUGACUUAGGCUCAUGGAGUAAGCAGACCUCAGACGUUGGUGACUUAGCUGCUUGGGUAAAACUCUCCCUCCAGAGCCAAAGGCAGUGAUUUACAUGUUCUGUAUUUAAUGUUAGGACAGAACUGUGUCCUAACAUCUUAUUCUUUUCAACUUUCUUCCUGAGUUGGCUUUUCCUCUUGGUGAAACCCAUUUCCAAGACAGCUCUCAGCUGUUACUUGAAUCCAAUUAAACCCACAGGUUUUCUCCGCUACUUCAACUUUGGACUGAACUCUUAAAAGGAGGACUUUGGAAAUGGUUGAUGAAUUGUAUCUUUUGCUAGGGUCAGUGGGCAUCACUGACCUGGCUCAGACGGGUUAGGAAAUAUUCCCAGACAGAGUUGUUACAGUCUCAGGACUUUUUAUCUGCUCUUCAGUAAUUUUGCAGAGCAAACAUCGAAUGUCUCUUUAUACUCUGACUACACAUAAUAACCAACAUCCCUGUAAGACUGAGGCUUCAGGCCAAUCCUUUGCAACUUGAGUCAUUUUAACUUAAAUCAGUAAAACCUGUGUCUAUGAGAUGUGACUCUGGUAAUGGAUUCCACAGUUGCUUGGUCUAUAAGGCAUAAGGGGAAGGUGAGCCCACAGCCUGCCAAGGUAUCCAGCAGCAUGCUUUCUGAGGGCUGGCCCUGCAGCACCGGGAAGAGAUAGGGAGUCCCAUGGCCAUUAAGCUGGCUAGUGAAAAAAGAAAGACAAAGUCAGACUACUGUGAAUGAUGGAUUUACCGUCUUGUCUCUCCCAGGUGAGCCUUUUUCUCAAGAGGAAA